CCCAAAGUUGACGAGGCGGCAGGAGCUCACCAGAUCCGGACGACAGGCACCAUGGGAUGCAACAACUCCAAGGAAGGCGAGGUCCAGAAUCCGCGCAUGCACCCCAUCCGUGCGUCGGGGCUCGACCACAUGCCCGACGACCUCGCGUCAGACCUGGUCCAGCACACCGUUGUCAAGGACAUCGCCGACACAUUCGACUUUCACGAAGUCAUCGGACAAGGAUCGUUCGGAAGCGUCAUGAAAGCGACCAACAAGAAGACCAACAAGCCAUGGGCGGUCAAGGUCGUGGAACUCAACAACGAGCUCGACAAGAAAGCGUUGCUGAAUGAGAUCGGCAUCGUGAAGCGUCUGCAACAUCCCAACAUUGUUCGCGUGAUUGCAUCGUACGAAGACUCGAAGCGCAUGUACAUGGUAAUGCAGUUGUUGCCGGGCGCGGAACUGUUUACGCACUUGCACGUGCGGGGCCGCCAUUUCACCGAGGUCGAGGUCCGCAAGUUGAUUCUCUGUCUUCUUCGCGCCAUCUCGUACCUCCAUUCCAACCAAAUCACGCAUCGCGAUUUAAAGCUGGAAAACCUACUGCUCGAAAACGAAACCCAACCCACGUCGUUGAAACUCAUCGAUUUUGGCCUGAGCAAGUUUGUCAAGAAAGGCGAACGCAUGCAGCAAUCCCUCGGCACGAUCGACUAUGUGGCCCCAGAAGUCCUCGACGGCGACUACAACGAAAAAUGCGAUCUGUGGAGCGUGGGUGUGAUCUGCUACGAACUGGUCACGAGGGUCUCUCCGUUCCACGGGGACACGAACGACGACACGAUGAACAAGAUCUUUGACGGCCUCAAGCCAUCCUUUUUUCACGGCGACGUAUGGCAGACCGUUUCGCCCGACUGCAUCAACUUUAUCAAGUCGCUGAUCCAGGAAGACCCGGCGGGUAUCGACAUCCUCGCCCUCGUCCUCGUCAAGUCAGAAUCGUUUGUUGUAGAGCGGCUGUCGGCAGAACAGGCGCUCAAUCACCGGUGGAUCCGGACGUCGGCGGCCGGCGUCAUCGACGACAACAAGCGUCACUUGUUUAUGAAGAUGGUCGCGUUUGGCAAGAACUGCAACCAGCUCAAGAGCACGGCCAUGCUCAGCGUCGCCAUGGGUGUGAGCGAGGAGCACAUCAAGCCCGAGAUCGUGUCGGAAGUGUUUCACAGCAUGGACAAGGACAAGGAUGGCACGCUCAACGCGGACGAGUUUUGCGCAGCGUUGGAGGAGUAUGGCAUCGGACACGAAGAAGCGCUCAGUGUGUUUGCACGCAUGGACCAGAGCAAGCGCGGGAAGAUCAACUACAUUGAGUUUGUGGCGGCAGUGUUGGACGAGUUUGGGGACGAUACGAUGAAGGAGGCGUUUGCGAUUCUGGACGCGGAAAAAACGGGUCGAAUCUCGGUCGUGGGGCUUCAGAGCGUGUUCAAGAACGCCAAAGAAUCGGAUCUCAAGGCGAUGGUCGCCAGUGCCGACGUCAAGGGCAACGGAUCGGUGGACUUUGAAGAGUUUAAACUCAUGUUUACCGACAUUGCCGCCCCGCCAAUCCACUCAGGGACGACCAACUUUGCGGCGCAGUCGAGCCAAGCCGCGCUGCUCGGCGCGGGGGACAGCGGCGUCCAUGACGCGGAGGUGUCUGGCCGUACAUUGUGAUCCCAUUCAUGAGGGGUUGGACCAUUUCGGAGGAGGGGGAUGCGGCGAUAUCGCCAUUCCUGCUGCUGCUGCUGCUGUUAGCUGCCAUCUUGUAGACAGAUUUGAACAACUAUAUAAGCCACGGGUAAUUUAACAAGUCGAUGAAACAACGUAACCAUUAAGA